GACGGGGCUGGCCGCUCCGCCCCCUCGGCUCCUCGGCUGCUCGGCGGGCGGGCGCCGGGCACUCCGGGAGGAGAGGACUGCAGGGCCGAGCCCAGCGCACCCCGCCGCGUCCCCCGUCCCCGCCCUGCCCGCCGCGCCUGCCGCGGCAGCGCAGCCUCCCGCCGGUUGUAUGUUCCAGGCCUCAAUGAGGAGUCCAAACAUGGAGCCAUUCAAGCAGCAGAAGGUGGAGGACUUUUAUGACAUCGGAGAGGAGCUGGGGAGUGGCCAGUUUGCCAUCGUGAAGAAGUGCCGGGAGAAGAGCACGGGGCUUGAGUAUGCAGCCAAGUUCAUCAAGAAGCGGCAGAACCGGGCGAGCCGGCGCGGUGUGAGCCGGGAGGAGAUCGAGCGGGAGGUGAGCAUCCUGCGGCAGGUGCUGCACCACAAUGUCAUCACACUGCACGACGUCUACGAGAACCGCACCGACGUGGUGCUCAUCCUUGAGCUAGUGUCUGGCGGAGAGCUCUUCGAUUUCCUGGCCCAGAAGGAGUCACUGAGUGAGGAGGAGGCCACCAGCUUCAUUAAGCAGAUCCUGGAUGGGGUGAACUACCUUCACACAAAGAAAAUUGCUCACUUUGAUCUCAAGCCAGAAAACAUUAUGUUGUUAGACAAGAAUAUUCCCAUUCCACACAUCAAGCUGAUUGACUUUGGUCUGGCUCACGAAAUAGAAGACGGAGUUGAAUUUAAGAAUAUUUUUGGGACGCCGGAAUUUGUUGCUCCAGAAAUUGUGAACUACGAGCCCCUGGGUCUGGAGGCUGACAUGUGGAGCAUAGGCGUCAUCACCUACAUCCUCUUAAGUGGAGCAUCCCCUUUCCUGGGAGACACGAAGCAGGAAACACUGGCAAAUAUCACAGCAGUGAGUUACGACUUUGAUGAGGAAUUCUUCAGCCAGACGAGCGAACUGGCCAAGGACUUCAUUAGGAAGCUUCUGGUUAAAGAGACUCGGAAACGGCUCACAAUCCAAGAGGCUCUCAGACACCCCUGGAUCACGCCAGUGGACAACCAGCAAGCCAUGGUGCGCAGGGAGUCUGUGGUCAAUCUGGAGAACUUCAGGAAGCAGUAUGUCCGCAGGCGGUGGAAGCUCUCCUUCAGCAUCGUGUCCCUGUGCAACCACCUCACCCGCUCGCUGAUGAAGAAGGUGCACCUGAGGCCGGAUGAGGACCUGACUGAGUUUCACUCUUGUUGCCCAGGCUGGCGUGCAAUGGCGCGAUCUCCGCUCACCACAACCUCCGCCUCCUGGGUUCAAGCCAUUCUCCUGCCUCAGCCUCCUGAGUAGCUGGGAUUAUAGUCAUGCGCCACCACACCCAGCUAAUUUUGUAUUUUUAGUAGAGAUGGGGUUUCUCCAUGUUGGUCAGGCUGGUCUCGAACUCCCGACUUCAGGUGAUCUGCCCGUCUUGGCCUCCCAAAGUGCUGGGAUUACAGGCAUGAGCCACCAUGCCAGGCCAAUAAUGACAUAUUCUUAAAGCCUGGUAUGUAAGUGCUCAGUAAGUGUUAGCAAUUAUUGUUGUUGUUUAAAACCCUCCUGUAGGCUGGCAGUAGUGGUUCGUACCUAUAAUCCCAGCACUUUGGGUGGCUGAGGCGGGAGGUUCAUUUGAGGCCAGGAGUUAAAGACCAGCCUAGGCAACAUAGUGAGACCCUGACUCUACAGAACAAAAACAAACAAACAAAAAAAUUAGCCAGAUAUGGUGACAUGCACCUAUAGUCCUAGCUACUCAGGGAGCUGAGGUGGGAGGAUCACUUGAGCCCAGGAGUUAAAAGUUACAGUGAAUUAUGAUCACACCACUGCAUUGCAGCCUGGGCGACAGAGCAUGACCCUAACUCUAAAGAAAAUUAAAUUUAAAAAUUAAAAAUUCCUCCUGUAGACUUUAAAAUGCAGUUGGUAAGGGUUCCCUGGACAGCCCCUCCCCCCGCUUAUGGAGUGUGAUGUAGGGUGCUCAGGAGUGUCUGGGAUGGCACAGGUCAGGACAGAAGGGGAUGCCCUGCUCAGGGAGCAACUGGGAGGUGGGUGCCUAAGAGGGCUGAGUAGCCUCAUGGUGCACGGCUAGACCCAGGACAGCCCUGCUGUCCCCACGCCCUCCACACAGCCUGGGGUCUUCUCUCUUCAGCAUGAUCUCUUGCCAGCACUUGAGGAUUUAUGGCCCAGAGGCCCCGAGCAACUGUGUGGCUUUGGCCAAGCCCUGUGCCUGCUCUGGCUGCUUUCCUCAUCUCUAUACAGGAGAUUGGACUGCUCUCCCUCUGAGAAUCCCUGAUAAUGACAAGCAGACUUUACCCAGCUUAUUUUUUUACUGUUUGGCUCUGACUCAAGCUAAAAAGUUGCUAUUCAGCAGAGCUUGAGUUAUUUUUAUUGUUAUAGCCGGGAUUGGUCUAGGAUGUAUUUGGCUAAAGUUGAUCUUGACCUUGGAUUUCCAGCUGGCUCAGGCUGGAGGAAGGGGAAAAGGCCCUGGGAGGAUGAGUGGCAGAUGGUGGGCAUGCCUCACAGGCUAAGCCACUGGCCCUGCUUCCCCGACAGAUGCAAUCUGUGGGGAGAGAAGACCAGAGUAAUUGAGAAGAAUGUCAAUUUUUUUUUGAGACAGAGUCUCACUCUGUCUCCCAGGCUGCAGUGCAGUGGCACCAUCUCAGCUCACUGCAACCUCUGCCUCCCAGGUUCAAACGAUUUUCCUGCCUUAGCCUCCUGACUAGCUGGGAUUACAGGCCUGCACCACCAUGCCUGGCUAAUUUUUGUAUUUUUAGUGGAGAUGGGAUUUUGCCAUGUUGGCUGGGCUGGUCUCAAACCCCUGACCUCAGGUGAUCCACCCGCCUCGGCCUCCCAAAGUGCUGGGAUUACAGGUAUGAGCCACCGCGCCCAGCCAAAAAGAAUGUCAGUUUCUUUCCAAACUUUUGUUUGUGUACAAAUAUUCUUAAAUAGUACUCUUUUUACUCAAAUAGCAAGCACCAUCAGCUCAAAGGUUCAUCCUAGAAGUGGAAAAAGGUUGGGUCCCAGAUAUGUGUUAUGCAGUUUUCCCAAAGGGACUUUCCUUAAAAAAAAAAGAGUAACGAUAGGUCCUUUUGUUUAGGAAGCAACUGGAAUUGAACACUGGACAACAGAUAUUUUAGGAAUGAAGUCACUGUGGAUUAGUACUUCUUUUAAUAAUUUUAUAAUUACAUUAGAUCAUCAUGACUUGGAUGAAAAGACAUUAUGGCCUCGGGGUGGCUGCCUCAGCUCUGGUUUGCCAUGUAGGAACUGACAGACAGUACUUUAUACUCAUUUCCUCUUUUAUAAAAAUGGAGGUCAGAAGUCAUUUCUCUGGAAACACUGGUCGGCAAGGCGGCUGAAGGUGCAGCCCAUCAAAGAAGAAGGGGCAUGGGAUGGUGGCUGUCAGAGCAUGAGGAGGACCCUGUGGCUUACGCCCAUCCUCCAGCCUCUCUAGGCCGAGCUCAGGAGAACCAGCAGCCACAGACCACCCAGCCAAGUGGCCUUGAUUACGUGGCAGCCACAAGGGGAACUAGAUGUAAUUUUCUUUAUUAUAAUUUGGCCUCUCCUGAUGUCUGGUUUCCCUUAGAUGCCCUGCUGCUUUCCUUCCUCCUGGUAGUGUCCUUCCUCAAAGCAGUUGGUCUGGCCUCAUUUCAGAUCCCUCCCCUCCCCCAGCCCCUGGAUGGAUCAGCAGGCUUGCUUUCACCACCCGCCUCCCUGGCUUGCAGUCCCCUGGUCCAGGUGAAUCAAUCCAGGUUGCCGAGCACAGCCCCAUUCCUGGCAUCUCAUGAUCCUCCUGCCCUGGACCUCUUUCUCUUUUUUUUCUGCAGAGGAACUGUGAGAGUGACACUGAGGAGGACAUUGCCAGGAGGAAAGCCCUCCACCCUCGGAGGAGGAGCAGCACCUCCUAACUGGCCUGACCUGCAGUGGCCGCCAGGGAGGUCUGGGCCCAGCGGGGCUCCCUUCUGUACAGACCCUUGGACCCAGCUCAGCACCAGCACCCAGGCGUCCUGAGCACUUCGCAAGAGAGAUGGGCCCACAGGAUUCAGAAGAGCUUGCAGGCGAGCCAGGAGAUGCUGGGAGCUGUGGCUGUCUCCUGUGGAGGAGGCUCCGGCAUUCCCAAAGCUCUUAAUUCUCCAUAAAGUGGGCUUUCCCCUGUCUGCCAUCCUCAGAGCCUGGGGUGGGGGUGUGGACUUAGGAAAACAAUAUAAAGGACAUCCUCAUCAUCACGGGGUGAAGGUCAGAUUCAGACAGCCUUCCUCACAGGCUGAGGGGGUUCAGAACCAGCCUGGCCAAAAAUUACACCAUGGAGACAGAAUCCUCCCCAUUGGGAACAGGGUGAUUGAGGAAAGUGAACCUUGGGUGUGAGGGACCAAUCCUGUGACCUCCCAGAACCACGGAAACCAGGACGUUAGGCUGACGAACACCUCAGACCUGAAGCAGCCCAUUGCUGGCCUGCCAUGUUGUAAUUUUGCUCAUUUUUAUUAAACUUCUGGUUUACCAGAUGCUUGGCUUCUUUUAGGGCUACCCCCAUCUGAUUUCCUUUAGCCCGUGUGCCUGUGACUCUGGAGGGGGCACCCAGUGGGGUGCUGAGUGGGCAGAAUCUCAGAAGGUCCUCCUGAACCGUCCCUGCAGGCCUGCAGUGGGCCUGCCUCCUCCUUGCUUCCCUAACCGGAAGGAGUCCAGUUCAAGAGAAUCCACCCAGAGACUGGGAGUGGUGGCUCACGCCUAUAAUCCCUGUGCUUUGGCAGUCCGAGGCAGGGGAAUUGCUUGAGCUCAGGAGUUGAAGACCACCCUGGGCAACAUGGCAAAACCCAGUCUCUACAAAAAAAUACAAAAAAUUAGCCAGGUGUAGUGGUAGGCACCUGGUGUCCUAGCUACUCCAGGGGCUGAGGCGAGAGCAUUGCUUAAGCCCAGAAGGUUGAGGCUGCAGUGAGCUGAGAUCACGCCACUGCACUCCAGCCUGGGUGACAGAGAGAGACUGUAUCCAAAAAAAAAAAAAAAAAAAGUUGCCAGAGACAAGUAUGCCCAUGCUCCCUCUACCUCACUGCCACCACUCCUGCUGUUAGAGGCUGAGUGUGUCUCCCUAAAAUUCCUAUGUUGAAGUCUUAACCCUCGGUACCACAGAAUAUCACUGUAUUUGGAGAUGGGGUCUUUAGCAAUGCACUUAAAAUGAGCUCACUGGUGCGGGCCCCGAUGCAAUAUAAGUUGGUGGUCCUUAUAAGAAGGGGAGGUUAAGACAUGCAGGAAAGACCACAUGAAGGCCCAGGAGUGGGAGGGGGAAUAGCCAUCAACAAACUAAGCGGGGGGCCUCAGAGGAAACCAACCCUGCUGACACCUCAAUCUUAGACUCUGGCCUCAAAAAUUGUAAGAAAAUAAACUUCUGUCUUUUAAGCCA